GCGAAGUUGUAAAUUCUAUCCUGGGCCGUUUAACGGCUCCCUCAGGAGAGAGGGGAAGAGUGCGGAGAUAUUAAAAUCAAACAGCCCGCACUCUCAUCACCUUUUCCCACUGUACACCCCUUCCUAUGUUCUUCCUUUUAAAAAAAAACAUUCAUGUUAUAAGACAAUUGGAAAAAUAUGGUAAAAUUUGUAUCCAACAUGUACCACGGAAGCCACAGAUGUCUCUUUUGUCAUGUCCGAACUGGAAGCAUCAUCCUUACCGCUUCUUACACGGUUGCUUGGACUGUAAUGGCUGGAUUUGAGCUGGUACGGUUGUUCAGGCCAGAUUCAAGGGUAGAUGUUUCUAUGAUUGGUAUUCAUCUUGAAGGUGUCUUUCACGGAGCGGACACUUUUACAUCUUUUAUCUUUGACGUUUUCAUGACUGCUAUCAGUGGCUUAGGAGUUUAUGGAAUUAUUAAGUACUUUCCAGAUUUUCUGAUUCCAUUUAUAUGCUACCUGGUAGUUGACUUCUUCAUCUAUUGCAUAGAAGUAGUUGGCAUCUAUGUUGAUCUUCCAGAUUAUAUUCACGCAAAACAUUAUAUUCAAAAUGUGUUUUAUUUCCCAGAACGAGACAGUCUGAUUGAGCCAGGCUCCACUAAAGCCAUGAUUGCAUUCACGUUUCUGUUUCUAUGCGUUUUGUGUUUGAAGUCUUUCUUCAUCUACUCUACAUGGAAUUGCUUCAAGUUUAUUAAGGAAUUGGAACAGGAGAGCAGCUUAGUUGACACUCUUCUUAAUCUUCGUUCUCGGACUCCGCCACCAGCAUAUGAAGACAUUAUGAAGUUGCCAUUAUAUGAGGAGGUUGUAGAUGCACUGGAAGAAUUGCCACACAAGAAGUCUCCACCAUCGUUUACACCAAAUUAACAUACAGUGACCAAAUGUGAACAUGUCUGUUCAGUACAUAUUUUAAUAUUAGCAUACAAUAUAGUGUUAAGAACAUGCUGCAAUUUAUAGGGUCCUGUUUCCACUUUUUUGGCAGUUCAGUGAAUUUUAUAAUUGUUAUGCUUAUUAUUUUUGAGGAGUUUUGUUUUGGUUGAGUAAAGUGAAAAUCAUACAGUCAAAAUAUACCAAAGUGAGGGGAUUUCAGGUUCAGAUGGUUAUCAUUUGUAGUAUAUGUUAAAUUUCUAAUACUGGCUCUAAUAACUAUUGGUGGCAAUACUUGUGUUUUGGAAUUGACACAUUGUGAGUAUGUUUCAGUAGUAUUGAUGGGUAUUGCAUUGAACCAUUAGGCAAUAGACUAGAUUUUCUGUAAAAGAAACAGAAAAUAUUAGAAAUGCUUAGAGCAUGGCUAGAUUUUCUACUCCAUCCCAACAUUCCUAGACUAAUGAGUGCAUCUCCUUUGAAAAUCCAUCAAUAGGUCAUUAGGAAUGAAUUUUAGAUAGAUGAUAGCUACACACCUUUAGUUAGAUUGGUUUUUAAAAUAAAAAAUAGCAAACAUUUGCUUCACAAAGGUACAGUGCUCAAAGGUAUAUUUGCCAACUUUAAAAAAAUCAUCUCCCAUCAUGUUUUAUUUACCUGAUAGAUGUAUUUUAAGAGCUUUACUGACACUAAAGUGUGCUUUUAACAGUCAUCAGAUGAUGUUCAACUCUGAAACUGCUUCCUAAUGGUUUGGAGGCUGAACAUAAGCAUUGUAAUUUCAGGCUAAUUCCAGAAUCCUUAAGGUUUUAACAAUUUCUUUUCACAAUUAACCAUUAUUUCAUGGCAGCUAGAAAUACUGGAAAAGCACACAUAACCUCUCUAAUAUUAUGACACUGAGCAUUCAUAUGUCUCCAAUACAGCCACUCUUCAGUCAACAAAUGUAUAAGUUGAUUAGACGACUUUGCAGAAUGGUUGUAUAUAUCAACUGAAGGUGAUUCAAUGGGGUUUGACUGUGGAAGAUUCAAGCUUCAUUGGAUUUUUGUCAAGUGCAAAAUGAGCUAUUAGUAUUCCAACUAAGAUGCAUCAGGACAAAACCUAUUUAUCAGGUUUCUGAAUGAGCCCCUUAUGAAUAGUUCCUAUCAAACACAUUCUGAUUACUUAACUGAAGGUAAACCACAUUUAAAAAUAUUUUAAUACCUUACUGGCAGUGGAAAAGCUCAUCAUAUGUUUGAACAAGACUGAAAUUAAGAUUGGAUGAAAAAUAUUUACUCUGUAAGCUAAAGAUCAACAAAUUAAAAUUGUGCUGUCUUCUAAUGACUGGUCUAAAUGUUGCUUCAGAGUGAUUUAUUUUAAGCUAAAUUUUGGUGCGGGGUAGGGUGGAUGGGGUUGAAAAUGUUUUCUUUACAGAAUUUUUAGUGGAAUUAUAAAUGAGUUCUUAAUAUGUUUUCUAAAAAAAAAGCAAGAAAUUCUGCUCCCUAGGUCGAGUUAGUCAAAUCCAUAUAAAGUAUUUUCUUUCAAAAAGUAACCAAUUGACUUUGUUCUUAUCCAUUUGAAAGGACAAUGUAUGAAAGCUUUAUAAACAUGUUUAAUGUUUGUCAGUUUAUGACCAUUGUAUGUUCACUGUUGCAUUUUGAGGUAUGUGAUAGGUAAGAGGUAUUGGUAUUGUCUGUUCCUAGUUGCUAUUUAAUGCUAACUCAGCAUUUUCUUUUUCCUCUAUUACUGCAUUCCACAGUACCUGCAGUUGAGUCCAUUAUAAAAUUCCAGUUACCUGUGGUAUAUAAACCAUUUGAAAGGUGAUUUCAAUACUAGCUGCUUGCGUUCCUUAAAAUCUACAGCUUGUGAGAACAAGAUAUAAAGCAUUAAAAUUGUUGAGACCUCAAAGACUCAUUUAAGUGUACUUUUUUUUAAUUUGAGAAAUAGAAAUGCAACAAUCAUAAUAUAAUCUUUACUUGUAUUUUUGAAAAUUCACUUAACAUUUUGAAAUCUGUGCUACGUUUUAGCUAAACUGUGGCAAA